UCAGCGGCGCGUCAUCAUCAGCUGCUGUAAUCAGCCUACGCGCGCGCGGUGAUUCCCAGCGUCUCUCUCUGCAUCGCGUCCACUGUUCCUCCAUCACGGCCAGGCGUUAGGACACAAACAGCUCGAGUCCGCUCGGAAUCAUGUCUGUCGCGGGACUGAAGAAGCAGUUCCACAAAGCCACUCAGAAAGUUAGUGAGAAGGUCGGCGGGGCAGAGGGAACCAAAUUAGAUGAAGACUUUUUGGAAAUGGAAAAGAAAGUUGACGUCACCACAAGGGCGGUGAUGGACAUUAUGACCAAGACGACGGAGUACCUGCAGCCCAAUCCAGCAACUCGUGCCAAAAUGAGUAUGAUGAGCUCCAUGUCUAAAAUCCGUGGAGGAGAUAAAGGUCCCGGCUACACACAGACCGAAGCCGUCCUGGCAGAGUCCAUGCAGAAGUUCGGCCGGGAACUCAGCGAGGAAUCCAGCUUUGGUCUGGCUCUGGUCGAUGUUGGAGAAGCCAUGCGAGAGCUAGCUGAAGUUAAAGAUGCUCUAGACAUGGAGGUCAAGCAAAACUUUAUCGACCCCCUGCAGAAUUUGCAUGAUAAAGACUUAAAAGAAAUCCAGCAUCACCUGAAGAAGCUGGAGGGGCGACGGCUGGACUUUGACUAUAAGAAGAAAAGGCAAGGAAAGCUCACAGAAGAUGACAUGAAGCAGACCUUGGAGAAGUUUGAUGACUCAAAGGAGAUUGCUGAGCAAAGCAUGUUUAACCUUCUGGAGAGCGAUAUUGAACAAGUGAGUCAGCUUUCUGCUCUGGUCCAAGCUCAGGUCAACUACCACCGACAGGCCGCAGAGAUCCUUCAGCAGCUCUCCGGCAAACUAGAGGACAGAAUAAGAGAGACUUCUUGCAAGCCGAGAAGAGAGUAUGUCCCCAAACCUCGCACCUCGGUGGAUUUCAGUGAGAACCACAAUGGCAGCAUCGGGCUCAGCGGCCCGUCCAGAUCACCAGCUCCGAUGGACCAGCCUUGCUGUCGGGCGCUGUAUGAUUUCGACCCUGAAAACGAGGGUGAGCUGGCCUUCAAGGAAGGAGACGUCAUCACCUUAACUAGCAAGAUUGACGAGAACUGGUAUGAAGGAACAGUCAGUGGGCAUUCGGGCUUCUUCCCGGUCAACUAUGUAGAUAUCCUGGUAGAUUUACCCCACUCAGUCUAAUGCAUGAGCAAGCAAACCACUUCUUCUGCAAGAGCAGAAAUAACCAAACCUAGCAGCACAAACCAACCGCUCUGUUGUGGGAUUUGCUCAUAGGAAAUAAUAAGCAAUGAAGCGUUUCCAGUGCCCUUCAGUAGAUAUUAUUCCUGAAUGCCACCACUUUGUUAUAUUGAUUAAUUGAUGUAUUUAAUUUUUCCUGAGGCUGACCUCUGCAUUGCCUGCUGCUAUGACUCCUGUAUGAUUUUCAGUUUAGCCUGUUUCCGUUUCCAGCAACAAGCCGUGAAUUGGUCUCUUCAUCCGAACCCUUUUAAAAAUAUCUGCAGUUAAGUUAUUUUGGUAUUAAGUUCUUAG